AGAUGCCAACAAUUUCGAAUUAGACUCUUGCCAUCCUCUAUUACCUCCUCAACGCCUAAAUUUUUGAUUGAAAUCGAAGGAUGCAGUAGAAAUAGGAAGAGCAGAAGAGAAAUUGGAAAGGUUUUAAUUUUAUUUUUUUUUGCGGUUCUAAACUUUUGGGAUUUAAUGUGUAAUUUUUAAGUUGUUCCUUUUUUUAAAUCGACCUUUACAUUUUCACAAUUUUAAUGUUUUUAAGGACCCAUUAGGAGUUGCAACUGCUGACAGAGAGAUGUUUUUAUGGCGACAAAAAAUUAUUAUUUUGCAAACAAAUAUUUGUAGUAUUUUUUAAAAUUUGUUUUCGUUUUCAGGCAGUAAACACACUUUUUCUUUAAAACUUAAAUAAUUUUUAAAAGAUUUAUUUAAGUCUAGAUUUCCUUUUUUGAUUUUUCAACAUCUUAUAAAUUACCUUGAUUAUUGAAAAAAAGUUUUUAGCAAAGGAAAAUUAAUAUUUUACUAAAAAAUAAUGCAACAGCAGCAGCAACAACAACCCCCUCCUCCUAUAAAAAAGAAAACGCAGAUUUCUUUUCUAAUAAGAAAUUCUCCAAUCGAAACAAAGCAUCGAGGAUUUAUAAAUUCACUUCAAUAUGAUUGUAGUUCAAUGCAUUUAUUUUCUGCUGGUUCAGAUUCUGUAAUUCGACAAUGGGAUAUUUUGGCAAAACAAGGUUUAAAUGAUCCAUUUCUUCGUUGUUUAGAACAUCAUUGUGAUUGGGUCAAUGAUAUUGUUCUUUGUAGUGGUGGAAGUAGACUAAUUUCUGCGUCCUCCGACACAACAGUAAAAGUUUGGGAUGUCAGAAAAAAAGGAACUUGUCUUUCAACUUUAAAAACGCACAAAGAUUGUGUCCGUUGUUUGGCCUAUUCUCGUGAACCUUCAGAAACUGUUGCUAGUGCUGGUUUGGAUAAGUGUAUAUAUUUAUGGGAUGUUAAUACACUUACUAAAGUGACAGCAACGAAUAAUACAGUUACAACUUCUUCCUUGCGUGGAACCAAAAACAGCAUUUAUUCGCUUGCCAUGAAUGAAUUAGGAACAGUCAUUAUUGCUGGUUCAACAGAAAAUAUUCUUCGAGUUUGGGACCCUAGAACAUGUCAAAAAAUUGUUAAAUUACGUGGACAUACAGAAAAUAUUAGAGCAAUUGCUGUUAAUAGAGAAGGAACUAUGUGUUUGUCAGGUAGCAGUGAUGGAACUAUUCGCCUUUGGAGUAUUGGACAACAACGUUGCAUUGGUGCGGUUAGAUGUCAUUCAGAUAGCGUUUGGGCUCUUCAGACAGAUUCAAAUUUCUCUACAAUUUAUUCGGGUGGUCGAGAUCGUCGAGUUUUUCGAACACCUAUGCGUAAUUUGGGAACUUCUGACCUUCUUUUUAUUGAACAAAAACCUAUACAAAAAUUAAUUUUGGUUAAUGAUGGCGAACAGCAACAGCAAAAACAUUUGUGGGCUGCUACUUGGGAUUCUUCUAUUAAUCGUUGGCCUAUACCUCUUGAUUUUCAUGGAUUUGAUAAUACAUCACCAAAAGUUAGACAACCUGACAUGACGAUUGGAGGCGCUCCAAGCAUCAGAAAAUAUGCCGUCUUAAAUGAUCGUCGCCAGAUUGUGAGUAAAGAUAGCAAUGGAAAUUUGGAGCUUUGGGAUGCUUUACAAGCUAAAAAAUUGAAAAAUUUGCCGCAAGGCACAAGCAUAGAAGAUGUUAUUAGAGAAAAUGUUAGAAAGUCUUGGAUACCUAGUUGGUUUUCUGUUGAAACUAAAUGUGGAGUUCUUGAGAUUACAUUAGAUGAAAGUGAUGUUUUUUCUGCUUGGGUAUCUGCUAGAGAUGCUGGUUUUACUGAUAAACCAAGUGACGCUAAAGUCAAUUUUGGUGGUCUGUUGUUGAGAAGUCUUUUUGAAAGAUGGCCAUAUUCCUAUCAAGGCGAUGAUGGUGAUUCUCCCUUACAAGGAUUUUAUUCUCUUCCUUUGCAUACUCCAAUUAUUAUUCGUCAAAGUACUGAUGAUCUUGUAAGACCUUUAUUUCGAACAAGUGUUCGUGAUGCUGCUUCACAAUCUGAUUCUGCAAUGUUAAAAGAUGUAUUGCCUGUUUGGGUUUUACAGGUCGUUGAAUCCAACCAUUUUCCAAAAUUUAACAAAAUUCCAUUUUAUCUACAACCUCAUGGCUCUUUUAUACCCAAAUUUCAAAUAAAAAAAGAUCGUUUAAGCGCAACAGAAAUGCUUCAAUGCCGUAAAGUAAUGGAACAUGUUUGGGAAAAAAUUUUAUAUCCGGCAGAUAAUUCAUCAAAUGAAAAUGGAGGGGGUGGAACAACAACUUCAAGUUUACCUGCAAUGCCUGAAAAUAUUGAAGAAAAAAUUGAGCUUUUUUGUAAUGAUCAAAAAUUGGAUCCAGAAAUGGAUUUGAGGACUGUUAAACAUUUGAUAUGGAAACAGGGUGGCGAUCUUCUUAUUUUAUUCAGACCAGUCAGAUAG